AUAACUAUUAUUGUUUUGUGAGGUAGUUCUCACAUUAGUUGGGAGGAGCGCUACUGUGGAAAUCAUUAAUCCAGAACGGACAAAAAAACAUUUUUCAGAAUUUGAUAAAAUGAUUUGCACGUUGCUUUCCCUGUUCUCGUUAUUCCUAAGAAAAAUAUGUGAUCAUGAAGAAAGAACAUUCCUUCUGAUAAAACCGGACGCUGUACAACGUGGGCUAGUUGGACAAAUUAUCAAGAAAUUUGAACAGAAAGGCUUCAAACUUAUUGGUAUGAAAUUCAUGUUGGCUUCCAAAGAAUUGGUAAAGAAUCAUUAUUCGUAUCUUUCCAAUGAACCGUUUUUUCCAGGCCUACUUAAGUAUAUGAGUAGUGGCCCGGUUGUACCGAUGGUCUGGGAAGGACCUAACGUAGUGAAAAAUGCAAGAAUUAUAAUUGGCAUUACUAAUCCAGAGGACUGUAUCCCUGGUACCAUACGAGGAGAUUUCUCCAUCCAAACAGGUCCCAAUCUCAUACAUGGCGCCGAUGGAGUAGAAGAAGCUAACAAAGAAAUGUAUCUUUGGUUUACGCAGAAAGAGUUGAUUUCGUGGAAACCGGCUAUUACCACAUGGGUAUAUGAGGGUUGUAUUUUAAAAGUUUAAUAAAAAGAUUAAUUCGA